AUGAAGAAGCUGUGUGUUUUCAUCAUUUGCUUCCUCCUCCUGAAGUUUUCUCUCUUCUUGUGCAGCUUGAGAGAAACCACCUGCUUUUGGAGAAUGAAGCAGAGUGAGGAGGAUGAGGGAGAGUUGCGGACUGACUGUGGUUUUAUUCUUUUCAUUAAUCCAUAUCCUAUAGAGGAAGAUUUCUACAAUACUCUAAUUCACUUCAGGAUACCAACAAGAAAAUAUGAGUAUUUCCUGGUAUUGCUUUUUGCUACUGAUGAGAUAAACAGGAACCCUUUUAUUUUACCCAACAUGUCUAUUAUUUUUUCCAUCAUUUCUGGCAUGUGUUUUCAAACAUUGGAUACAAUCGAUUUACGAUAUUCACCGAAAUACAGCUUCUUUAGACCACCUAAUUAUGACUGUAGAAAAUCUCCAUGCAAUGUAGCACUUACAGGACCAUCAUGGACUACAUCUGUAAGACUGACAACCUAUACCACAUAUCCACAGAUUUUCUUUGGACCAUUUCAUCCUAUCCUGAGUGACAAUGUCCUGUUUCCCUAUGUCUACCAGGUAGCACACAAGGAUGCAUGUUUGCCCCGUGCCAUGGUCUCUUUGAUGCUUUAUUUUGCAUGGAUCUGGAUAGGUCUUGUCAUCUCAGAUGAUGACCAGGGAAUCCAGUUUCUCUCAGACUUGAGAGAAGAGAUGCAAAGAAAGGGAAUCUGUUUAGCUUUUGUGAAUAUGAUCCCAGAUAGCAUACAGUUAUACACGAAAAGGGCUGUAAUAUAUGACAACCAAAUCAUGACAUCAUCAGCAAAGGUUGUUGCCAUUUAUGGUGAAAUGAACUCUACCCUAGAAGUCAGCUUCAGAAGAUGGGCAUAUUUAGGUGUACAGAGGAUCUGGGUCACUACCUCACAAUGGGAUGUCAUCACAAGUAACAAAGAUUUUAGCCUUGACCCUUUUCAUGGGACCAUCACUUAUAUGCAUCACCAUGGUAAGGUUUCUAAAUUUAUGAAUUUUAUGAGAACAUUGAAUACUUCCAAAUAUCCAGUAGAUAUUUCUCAGAUGAAAAUGAAGUGGAAUUUUUUUAAUUGUUCAGUCUCUGACACCAACUAUAGCUCAAUGAAUCAUUAUCUAUAUAACACUACAUUGGAAUGGUUGUCACAACACAAAUUUGACAUGGUCUGGAGUGAAGAAGGCUACAAUUUAUACAAUGCUGUGUAUGCUGUGGCCCACACAUACCAUGAAAUCAUUCUUCAACAAUUAGAGUCUCAGAAUAUAGCCAAACCCACAGGAGUAUUCCGUGACUGUCAUCAGAUGGCUUCUUUGCUGAAGUACAGGGUAUUUACUAACCCUGUUGGAGAGCUGGUAGACAUGAAUCUGAGGAAAAAACUCUGUGCAAAUUAUGACAUUUACAACAUUUGGAAUUUCCCUCAAGGCUUUGGAUUGAAGGUGAAGAUAGGAAGUUAUUCCUCCUAUUUACCACAGAGCCAGCAACUGCAUAUUUCUGAAGACUUAGAGUUGUCCAUGGGAUCAAAUUUACCUCAGGUUCCCACUUCUACAUGCAGUGUGACGUGCACCCCUGGAUUCAGGAAAUUUUAUCAAGAACAAGCACCAGACUGCUGCUUUGAUUGUGCCUGGUGCCCAGAGAAUGAGAUUUCCAAUGAGACGGAUAUGGAACAGUGCGUGAGAUGUCCAGAUGACCAAUAUUCCAGUGCAGAGCACACACACUGCCUGCAAAGACAUGUCUCCUUUCUAGCUUAUGAAGACCCCCUGGGGAUGACUCUGGCCUUCAUGUCCCUGUGCUUCUCUGCCCUAACAGCUCUUGUUCUUGGAGCUUUUGUGAAGUAUAAUGGCACUCCCAUUGUGAAGGCCAAUAACCGCACUCUCAGCUACAUCCUACUGGUCUCAAUCACAUUCUGUUUCCUCUGUGCAUUGUUCUUCAUUGGGCAUCCCAACACAGUCACCUGCAUCCUACAGCAGACCACAUUUGGAGUCUUUUUCACAGUGGCUGUGUCUACUGUCUUGGCGAAGACAAUUACUGUUGUCCUUGCCUUCAAGCUCACUACCCCAGGCAGAAGGAUGAGAAGGAUGCUGUUAUCAGGGGUGCCUAACUUUGUCAUUCCCAUCUGUACCCUGUUCCAAUCUGUUGUCUGUGGAAUCUGGCUGGUAACAUCACCUCCCUUUAUCGACACAGAUACGUCUGAACAUGGGCAGAUCAUCAUUGUGUGCAACAAAGGCUCUGUCAUUGCAUUCCAUUUUGUCCUGGGAUACUUGGGUUCCUUGGCAUUGGGGAGCUUCACUGUUGCAUUCCUGGCCAGGAAUCUUCCUGAUAGAUUCAAUGAAGCCAAAUUUCUGACCUUCAGCAUGCUGGUGUUCUGCUGUGUCUGGGUCACCUUCCUUCCUGUCUACCACAGCACAAAGGGGAAGGUCAUGGUGGCUGUGGAAGUUUUCUCCAUCUUGGCCUCCUGUGCAGGGCUUUUAGGUUGCAUCUUUGUCCCAAAGUGUUAUGUGAUUUUGAUAAGACCAUAUUCAAAUUCUCUCCAAAAGUACAAGGAUAAAUUGCUUUAUUGA